AUGUCUAUAUUUAAGUAUGUAUAUAGAAAUUAUUGGUUAUUUCCAUACUUAUAUGAUCAGUGUUUUAUAUUUCCACAAUUAUAAAUAUAUGUGGAGAGUCAUAUAUUUCUCAAAAUCUGAUCUCAUUAUUCUCUCGCCUCUUCUAAUAACGCCUUUCUCUCGACACAAACUUCCGACUCACAUCGCCGCCCCACUUCCUCCUACGGUGCCUCCCAAUAUUUCUCCAGCGCCGCCGACAAAUAGAUUCUACUUCGGAGGCCCUCUGCCGCUAAUGGCGUCUUCGAAAUAUCCGAAACAGCCAGAGAAAUCUCAAGCAACGCUUGGUAACACAGCAGCUAGAGCAGGAAAUAUGAAAGCACGGUCUAUGCCCUUAAGCACGCCAAAUUUGGCAAAUACAAAGUCUGCUGUAGCUCCAACCAAGUUCUCGGAAAAUACAGAACAUCUUCAAGAAAUAAAUAACGUGAGGAAAGCUCCUGUAGGGGCCCAGAUAAGACGUGUUAUCAACUUGCUCUUUAAGAGGAGGGAUGCCUUGACUCCUGAUCAAAUAAAUAAAGAGUGCUAUGUGGAUGUAAAAGGGAAUAAAGCUGUGUUUGACCGUUUAAGGAACAAUCUAAAAGUGCAUUAUGAUGGAGAGCGGUUCGUCUAUAAGUCCAAACAUCAGUUGCAAACUAAGACUGAUCUUCUUCAAUUGAUUCGGACGUGUCCAGAGGGCAUUGCUGUUGUAGAUCUCAAGGAUUCGUACACAGCUGUAAUCAAUGAUCUACAGGCUCUGAAAGGUUCUGGCGAAAUUUGGUUGCUGUCCGAUUCACUAGAGGACAUAGCAUACCCGAAUGAUCCUAGAGCUUCCAUCACGGUGGAUGAUGAUUUGAAGCAAUUGUUCCUGGGGAUCGAACUCCCUCGCGACAUGCUCGAUAUCGAGAGGGAUCUUCAGAAGAACGGGAUGAAACCUGCUACGAACACCGCUAAGAGGAGGGCUGCUGCAGAGAUUCAUGACAUGCCUCCCAAGCCCAAGACUAAGAAGAAGAAGCACGAGAUCAGCAAGAGGACCAAGCUUACCAAUGCGCAUCUUCCGGAACUCUUCCAAACUCUUCGCGGACCGGGAUAAUGAAUCAAAUCCUUACUGGAUGUGCAGCUACUGCUCUCAUAUUGGUUGGUUGGAGGAGAUAAUGACUUCUUUUGGUGAUAUACUUUUGUGAUUGAUCUGUUGAGAUCCCUACUCAUAUUUCAGUCUCUAUUCGCGGACGGACUAAAAUGACAAAACGAGACUCCUAUUCGCGGACGGAGGGAGCACAUUCUAUGGA